UAAAACGCGGGACAAAGUUGUGCGCCAUCGCCUAAACACAAUCAUGGCCUCGCCUCCAGAUCUAAGAAACUGGUUCCCAAGAUACCAGUAUGAAUCACCUGCAAUGAAUUCCGAGUCGUUGCUAGAUGAUUUCGGUAUCGAUGAAGUCGAAAGAGAAGAAAAAGAAGAAAAUUCGGGUGGGUUCAGGGGAAAAGGAAAUAAAGAUGGAGCUUUUGUCCAUGAGAAGCAAAUCUCAAAUGGGGUUGUGGAAUCUGGCAGCUCUUCUGGAAAUGAGCAUGAAAACCAAUGUUUAAGUAAGAUUCCAGGUUCUUCGGAAUCAACUGCGUUCACUUCAGAGCCCACUGACAUCAGAAACUGGUUCUCAAGCUAUGUGUAUGAAUCUCCUUCGUUGGAUACAACUGAUGAUUUUGGAGAUUCUGUUGGCAAAGAAAGUAAACAUGAGAAGGAUGGAUUUUUGGUUGGAAACAGAAACAGGGAAAAAGAAAAGGAAUUAGGGGAUUUUAGUAUAAACAGAAGUGAUAGCGAGGAGGUCGUUGGUGAAACGGUACAGUCAGAUGGGCUUGCAAAUUGCAACAUAUCUUUGAGAGAUAAUGAGCAGGAAAGGCAGCCUUUAAGUGAGACUCCCGGUCCUUUGGAGUCACCUUCGCUCCUUUCAGAGCCUAUUGACAUCAGAAACUGGUUCUCAAGCUAUGUGUACGAAUCUCCUUUAUUUGAGACAAAUGAUGGUUUUGGAGAUUUUGUUUGCAAAGAAAAUAGAAGUGGGAAGGAUCGGUUUCUGGUUGAAAACAGAAACAGAGGAAAAGAAGAGGCUUUGGAGGAUUUCAGUAAAAAGAGAACUGAUGGUGAAGAGGUUGUUGAGUUGCAGUCUGAAGGGCUUGCAAAAUUUGUCAGCCCUGAGAGAGAUAAUAAGCAGGAAACAAAACCUGUAAGUGAGGGUCACCCCAGUCGAGUAGAUGAAAACCUACCUAGUCAGAAUGAUUUGUAUCUCAACCAUAUGCCUAAAUCAUUGGAAAACCAUGUUAUGGGUCCAGCACAAGAUGUCGAAAUAGGUUCUCAAUGCAAGCUAGAGGAUGAAGGAACCAAAAUAAAGCCAUCGAACAUCGAAAGAAGUUCAUGCUGCAAUAAUGAGAAGUCUCCACAAUACAUGACUCAUAACAAGGAUUUCACUUUACAGGACAAUUCAGGAGCAAAAUGCCAUGCAGAAGUUGAUUGUUUAUUAAUUCAAGGUGAUGCAGAGUUAAUUCCAGUUAAUGGAGCGUCAAAAAGAAAACCAACUCAUGGAAGCGAAGACAGAAACGAUAAUGGAAAAGAAAUAUCAGAAGACGGUUUUAUUAGAACAAGGAAAGACAAACUUCCAAGAAAAAGUUAUGAAAAUAUUAUGGAAGGACGACAAGAGAUUAGUAAAGUGACAGCUCCAUUAGCAGGUGGAAGGGACGCAGUAGUGAAAAGAAAGCCCUUAGCAGAUGCAACAAAUUUUCAUCAUUCACCUGCGAUAGAGAUCACUGGAAAAUGGAAGUGUCCUCAGAAAAGUAAGCCAAAUCUAGGACCCUCUUUGAAGCAGCUUCGACUAGAAAAAUGGGUUCGUAAGUUGUGAAAGCUUAAAAUUAGAGUAUCUUGGAUGUUUAGAGUCCAAUAGAACAUAAAAGGGGGCCCUAACUGAGACAGGCAGUUGUGGAACGACAAUUCUUGUGCCACAAGCUUUGAAAUUUGGAAAAUCUUCGAUGUUGAAGAGAGAACAACCAAAGCAAACCUUAAGUUUACUGCUUGCUCUUGCAACCAAGAUAGACAAUUGCUAAAAAACUAACUACCAAAUAGCAAUUUAAGUCACUGGGCUAACCCUUCAAAUUGAACAUAAGUGUGGCAAGGUAGCUCAUAAUAACUAGGCUAUCAUUUGACUUUAUUUCCAAGCUUUGCACAUUUUGC